UCCUAGAAAAUAUAGUAGAAACAUUUUUUAAAACAUGAAUUUAAUCAUGAUAACGAUAUGCCUCAGUUGACUUGUAAAUAUAUAAAGCUCUACUAAACGACUUUGACCACCAGUGACUGGACAGAUACAUAAACGUGUUUACAUAUAAAUGCAUAGUACUUAUAGUUGCAGCAUGGAGUUGAAGCCUUCAGAAAUAUAUUUUUCGCAGGAUUCCAUUAACAAUGUGUUUGAUAAAAGAUGUCGACAUAGUUACCAGCUCAUUGGAGAGACUUUGGAUGCGCUUUGUGAAAACAGAUGCAGUAUUCAUUCCAUCCCGACGAUAUCUGUCAUGCACAAGAACGGUAGAUGGGUAACUUCCGAUAAUCGACGAUUGUGGGUCUUUCGACAUCUCGAACGCCUUGGAAAAUGCAAAACUGUACCCGUCCAUGCCACUUACCACAUUCCCGCGGGAAAGAUGACGUCAUUUAAUGGCGGCGAGUCAGUACGCGUGCGCGGAAGUCCAGGAGGAAGGUGGCAUAUGAAACCCAAACCGGUUGUAAACCAACAGUAUACAUCAUACUCACGCCCGUCGAGUGACCUACACACGCCCUCCUUGAAUAGAUCAUAUAUUCAUGAACAUGAAAGGUAUUCGACGCCGUAUUCAGUUCGACCAACGCCUACGCCUGCCGAAUAUCACUACUCUGUUCCGGUUUCUGCUUAUAACGAAGUGCGGCGUACCGUAAAUACGCAGUAUAGACCAGUCCAACAGGAAAAUAGGAUAAGAAACAUGUGCACCAUUUUAUGAAAUACUGUACUUGUAAGAGACUCAAACAUACCGUUGAUUAUUUAUUUAUAUUUUAAUUAUAUACAUGUAGUUCGAUACUUUAAUUAAAGUAUUUGUUAUUUACCUAUAUAUUUCACAUGCAAUUUACGGAAUAUUACGUCGUUAUUUAUUUGUUUGUGUUCACUGCACAUGUAAAUGUUUGUUGCCCGACAUUUAUGAAUGCAUAAUAUUUCUUUACACGAAAGCUAUCACCAGGUUUAUGAAAUCUGCAUGUGCACUAAAUUAUACAUACGGCAGAGAUAUUUCGUAUUUCUUCUUGUUCUUAUAAUAUAUGUUAUGUGUUGUGUUAUGUGCAGAUUUCGUUCAGACAUUUAUGUUCAUUAAAAUAGGAUGUAUUACAUUUGUUAUUAAAAUAUCUUUUUUUAAAUAUCAUAUUUAUUGCAUUUAAAACUAUCCAAAGAGUCUUUAAAAUAUACCAAUAUUUGUAUCAUAUGUGAGGGCCAAUUUAACUUCAAUGCUGUGUUUAAUCUGUUUAGUUCUCAUUGCAUAUGGUAACCAGUUUGAUAUAUCAAAUUAAAAUGGUAACAACAAGAACGCCAUAUUUGCAUCGGUUUUUUUUCUUUCACGGUAUUAUAAUCUUAUCUUUACUACCACUCGUGUUAGACCUGUUAGAUAUCAUGCAGGGGCGUAGCUAGAUCAAUAAAACUUGUAGGCCCGAUGGUUCUAUUUGAGUUUGGUGACUUUUAUAUGUGCAUUACUCACACUUAAUUAUCUUUAAAAUGAUAAUAAUAAAAUCAAGCAAUACAUCCUGUAC